CAAAUACGCUGCCAAAAAUUCAGUGGUUUAAAAUACGAUCCGAAAUUCAACCCUCUACAUCCGGGACUAGCAGGAUGAGCAAUAGAUUGCCGAUAGAGUUCUCUUCGGGAACCGCGGUUAAAAUGGAGCAAGCGGGAGGCAGUGAAGAAGUACUGAGGUCGGCAAGACACCUUAUGUCUCUUCUGUCAAAUUUUCAAAGACAAGGAAGUGCAAGACCAUCUACCAGUCAGGAUAGUAUCAGAGCGAAUAGACAAGAUGGCCAAAACGAGAGAGCGGCAUCUGUCCAGGCAGAAAUGACAAGGUCAUUUCCUGGAUUGUUUUUGAGUCGGAGAGGAAAACGGCGCUUUACUGGAGUGUGUCCUGUGCCCAGUAAACAAAAACCAUUUAAUGUCAUGUUCCACCUGCUGCCAACCCAGUGUGAACGAAGUCCUAGUGGUCCCGAACAGCUGCUCCAUGCCCAGGCAGGAUUAGGACGGAGAACUGCCACCUUGGAUGAAAGCAUUACACACGAAGAGUUAUGCGAUAUCCUUAUUGAGCUGUAUCCAAAACUGGAAGGAAUAAGUGGUGGAUGGCUCCUGUACAAAGCAGGAGGAGGAUGGGGAAGUCGUAAACUCAUCCUAGUGGCUCCUGCAGACUGUGGAUAUACAGGCAGGAUUAUAAGAUCUGCAAAAACAGGAGAGAAUUCAGUCCUCUACAUAGCUCCUCUUCAGGAGGAGUUGGAUACUGCACCUUUGCCAGCAACUUCUGAAGCCUUCCGUAACAUGCCUAAGGCACUGUGCAAAAAGUGUAACAUGUCUUAUCCGCUCCAGGUUCUAACAGAACAUAUUAAAUCAUGUUCUGUUGUUGUGGUGGAUGAUGACGAUGACGAUAGGGUGGAAGAUGGGAAAUGUGACACUAAGCACAUCACUGAAGAUGUGAACAAUGUACAGACCUGUUGUCCUAUAUGUGAAAAAGAAAUGCCUCUUGAUGUGUUGGAAGUUCAUGCAAGUGGAUGUGGGGAAAGAACAAUGGAGGAUGAAAUGAACAUUUCAAUGGAAGUGACUCAUUUGGAUAGUGAUUGGAAGACUCACCCUGAUCCUAAAAUGGCUGCAUACUUGUAUACUUGUGAAAUCCUCCGUCUCCAUGAGACAGGGAAACCUCUUUUCAUGUACAUGGAUUUGAGAUCAAGCCCUGAACAACAGGAGAGGGAACUGAUAAAUUUCUACAAGCAAACAAACAUAGAGUGGGCAUGUCCCGUUAGAUGCCAACUUCAAGGAGACGCUGCAAUUGGUGAUGGAGUCACGAGGCACUUUUUUUCCAUAAUUCUGGAAAAACUCAAAUAUGGUUUCAGUUUGAACAUGGGAAACACAGGAAUAACUUGCUUGUUUGAAGGGCAGCCAGACCACUUGGUGCCGUCCUCAUCCCAGUUCCUAAUUGAAAGCGACCUUUUCCUAGUGGCGGGCAGAAUGCUAGGCCACUCUUUCUUGCAUGGGGGCCCACGUCUGGCAGGGGUCAGCAGAGCUUUCGUUCAUGUGCUACUUCUUGGUUCACAUGAUACAGCCACACUGCAAUUGGAGGACUGCCCAGAUAUUGAUCUGCGAGAAACCAUCACCUUGCUUGAUGGACAGUCUCCAUUGAAUGAGGACCAACACAGAAAAGUAUUGGAACUCUGUCUCUCUUGGGAUCUGCCUGGUCCAACAGAGGAAAACAGAAGAUGGCUUUAUGAGCGCCUGCUGUCACAUGCGGUAAAUUUAAUUGUUCUUGGGAGAAGAACCCGCCAAAUAAAACAAAUCAGACGAGGACUGAAGGACACCCUGGUUUGGCCUCUUCUUACUGAGAGAAAGGAUGUGGUGUUCUUCCCAAUGGAAUCUGAGGAUUCAUGCACCCCUGAUAUGGUACUUUCCCAUGUAUCCUGGCCUAAAAACUGUGACGGUGUAAAUGAUGAUGACAAUGAAUGCUCACCUGAUACAGUGGAACAGAUCUCAGGGUACUUGAAGCAAUUCAUUGAGACAGCAUCCAGCAAGGACCUAAAGAACCUUUUAAAGUUUUGGAUCAGAUGGGAAGUUGCAAGGGAAGAUUUGACAGUGGAAGUCAUGAAUGGUGAUCUCCCAAGAUCCUCUACCUGCUUCCAUAUCCUGAGGCUCCCAGGGCACUAUGCAGAUUUCCAGUCCUUUAAAAAGGACUUGAUGAUGUGCAUAGGCUCCUGCAAAUAUGGUUUUGGUCAUAUGUAAUGUUUAAAUGCUUAAAUGCUUGACUGUAUGGUACAUGUUAAGUUUGCACUGAUGGCACUGUGUGGUGCUGCUGCACUACAGUGCUGUAAGUUUUUGUUAGUAUUUGUGCUACUGCUAGAGUUGUUAUUGUACUAUUGUAUAGCAAGUCACUAUACCAUUCCUUAAACAUUUUCCAAACUAAUGUUAUUGUGACAUUAUACAUACUGUUACUAUGGAACACUACAGUGAAGCUGAAUCAUCAUAUGUUGCCAAAAAGAAAGCACUAUAAGGUACAGUUGUUUAUUUACAUUACAGUAAAUGUACUCACUGGAUGUGCAAACAAAGUUCAAAUAAAACAAUGGUCUUUUUGAAAAAUAA